UGUAUCUUUGACCACGACUUCGAUGUUUCUCAUCUGCACUCCAUCGCUGCGACCGCUUCCGGUGCCGGCAGCGUCCGCUCGACGUUUUCGGAUUUUGCCGUCCAUACAUCGCCGGAGAGAACCGCUCCCUAUCAGCCUUUCAUUCGAGUGCUCCGAGCCCAAUCGUACUCUCGCCUUCCGUGGCACGGAUUCCGUGCUCGUCUCCGAGUCUUCUCCUCCGCCCCUCACGGUAGAUCUAGGGCUUCGUCGUGAUCCCGUAUUAGGAGUUUUCUCUAUCGUCUUCGUCUUGUCGCUGGCUGCUAGUUCUUUUUUCUCUCUGGCAAUCAUUUCUCUCCCAGCGUUGAAUGAUUUUAGGAGGUUAUCAGUAUCUGCAGAUAAAUUGUCGAAGGUGGUUUCCGAAGAAGUACCUGGAACAUUGGCCUCGCUAAAUCUGUCUGGUCUAGAGAUUGAUGAUUUAACCUACAAACUUAAUAUUCUUAAGCAAAGGAUAACAGGGAAGCAACAGGAAAGGAAGCAAACAAAUCCAACAUCUCAGGGUCGAAGAGGCAACGGACUCGAUUCCUUCACGAGCCUUCCGUCCAAGCUCCGGAGCAGAAAGUGGGAGCUCCAGGCUUUGCAUCAGGCACCAUGAGGGCGCCAGUUGUCUUCCUCUUCCUGUUGCUGCUGCUUGCGGCUCCCCCCUUGUCGCUCUCUUCACCUUCUGCUGCGCCGGCUGGCAUCAGAGAGCUUCUGCAGAGAUUGAGGAACAAGAUGCAUUCUUCCGAGGUGCAGGUAGCGGCUGCCCGAUCCCUCCUCCUGCGGUUACUCCCCACCCACAAUUCCAGUUUCCUCUUCGAGAUCAUCCCCGAGGGUAUUUGUGGGCAGUACGGUUGCUUCCAUAUAAGUAAUGUCGAUGGCGCGAACACUGAUCGAGCCGAGAUAUUGAUUCGAGGUACCACAGCAGUAGAGAUCUCGUCAGGUCUUCAUUGGUAUCUGAAGUAUUGGUGUGCUGCUCAUAUUUCGUGGGACAAGACCGGCGGUGCUCAGUUAGGUUCAGUUCCUCAACCAGGGUCACUGCCUCGUGUUGCUGGCGAAGGGGUGAAGAUUGAACGGCCUGUUCCCUGGAACUACUACCAAAAUGUCGUUACUUCUAGUUAUUCCUACGUGUGGUGGGAUUGGCAAAGAUGGGAAAAGGAGAUAGACUGGAUGGCACUCCAAGGAAUCAACUUACCUUUAGCAUUUACAGGGCAAGAGGCUAUAUGGAAGAAGGUCUUUCAGGAUUUUAAUGUUACUGGUGAACAUUUGAAUGAUUUCUUUGGUGGACCAGCCUUCCUUGCUUGGGCUCGAAUGGGAAAUUUACAUGGAUCCUCUGGGCUCAGCACCUUCCUUGUUUGGCCAUCGGAGCCGACAUCUGAUGAGGAACCAACCAGCUCACUUGCGCCAAUUUCUAGAGACCUGACGCCCCGUCGACACUUCCUGCUCCUCUGCCUUAGCCCACCUCAUCGAGUACAUCUUCGCCGCCUUUGCGUGAUCGUAGUCGCCCGCCACAUCUCAGAACUUGCCACUAGAUCUCCAAUCCUGAGCCCCAUCAUUCGCGAUCGCCAGCGCCGAGAUCAUCAGCUCAGCUUAACAAUCACACCGCCAACGAGGAACACUGUUGAUGGUAAUCCUCAAUGGUGUUGUACAUAUCUACUUGAUCCUAAAGAUCCACUAUUUGUUGACGUAGGAGAGGCAUUUAUCAAGCAACAAAUUAAAGAAUACGGGGACAUAACUGACAUCUAUAACUGUGAUACAUUUAAUGAAAAUUCACCACCUACAAAUGAUCCAACCUAUAUCUCAUUGCUUGGAGCUGCUGUUUACAAGGCCAUGUCUAAAGGAGAUAAAGAUGCUGUAUGGUUAAUGCAGGGUUGGUUAUUCUACUCAGAUGCAGCAUUCUGGAAACCACCUCAAAUGAAAGCACUUCUUCAUUCUGUUCCUAUUGGAAAGAUGAUAGUUCUCGACUUGUUUGCUGAAGUCAAACCGAUAUGGAUACAAUCUUCUCAAUUCUAUGGGGUUCCAUAUGUCUGGUGCAUGCUGCAUAACUUUGGUGGAAAUUUGGAAAUGUAUGGUGUAUUAGACACAAUUUCAUCUGGGCCAAAUGAUGCUCGACUCAGCGAAAACUCCACAAUGGUUGGGGUUGGCAUGUGCAUGGAAGGAAUAGAGCAUAAUCCUGUUGUGUAUGAACUUAUGUCUGAGAUGGCAUUUAGGAGUCAAAAUGUUGAUGUGAAGGACUGGUUGAAGAGCUAUUCUUAUCGACGGUAUGGUCAAGCAUUCCCCCCGAUAGAGGCUGCAUGGACUAUUCUUUAUCAGACAAUUUACAAUUGCACAGAUGGAAUAGCAGAUCAUAACCGAGACUACAUAGUUGAAUUCCCAGAUUUGGGGCCCAGUCUAGAUGGCUCCUUGUCUUUUGAUGUAGUGCCGUCAACAAGAAGAUACCCUAUGGUGGAUAAACAAUAUAGGUUUUCGUUAAGGGAGACAAAAAGUAAUUUACCACAACCACAUUUGUGGUAUUCAACUAAAGAAGUGAUUAGUGCUCUUAAGCUAUUUCUUGAUGCAGGAGAAUAUCUUACAAAAAGUGCUACAUAUAGAUAUGACCUCGUUGAUCUGACAAGACAAGUUCUAUCAAAACUAGCAAAUGAGGUUUAUUUAGAUGUCAGGACCGCAUAUCAUAAAAGAAAUGUGAACGGAUUGAAUUUUCACACCCAAAAGUUUCUGGAGCUCAUCGAGGACAUCGACAAGCUUCUGGCUUCUGAUAAAAAUUUCUUGCUUGGGACAUGGUUAGAAAGUGCAAAAAAUCUAGCUACGACUAGUAAAGAAAAAAUACAGCAUGAAUGGAAUGCCAGAACACAAGUGACAAUGUGGUACGACAACACAAAGACUAAUCAGAGCAAACUUCAUGACUACGCCAACAAAUUCUGGAGUGGUCUCCUGAAUAGCUAUUACCUGCCUAGAGCUUCAACUUAUUUCAGUUAUCUACGAAAAAGCUUGCAAGAAAAUAGUGAAUUUCCCUUGGAGCAGUGGAGAGAGGAUUGGAUAUCGUACUCUAACAAUUGGCAAUCUGCCAGGGAAAGUUACUCUACUGAAGCUGUAGGCGAUUCGAUAGUUAUUGCGAAAGCCUUGUUCUACAAGUAUUUUGGCUGAUUUCUCUGCCCAUCUUCCCUCAAUCUGCAGUUGCAAAAUUUGAGAUGCACAAAAAUAAGCGCAUUGUAUUAUUAACUCAUGGCUUGAUUGUCAAAGAUAAUUGUUUCCAUUAGGGAUGUAAAUUGUGUUGGGUUCUUCGAGCCGCGAAAACCGCUUUUUCGCGUCGCGGAAACCCCGAAGGACCCAAAGCUGUAGAUCCGUGCAAAGAUUCGUAUAAAAAUUCGAAAAACUAUUUCUUGUA